GUUCAUGUCACGGUGAAGGAUGAAGUGGGGGGCAACUUUCUCUAUGACGUAUGAAGCUUAGAGGGGUAUAUAGAAAAGGAGAAGCUUGGUUCUGUCAACUUCAUAUCCAAAACAACACACAAUUUUACUAUCCAUCUCCCAAGCUCAAUUCCUCUCCAUCAAUGUAAGUACACUUGUUCACUUAUUGCAUACUCGACCAUCUGUAUCAACUUGACGACAACUGUCUAAACACACACACAAACACACACAUACACACAUACAUCAUGCCUGAGGGACGUCAAUCACCACCACCCGAGACCCAGACCGGUGCUCAAAAAGAUGCUCCUUCCAAUGCCAAGGGAGUCAGCCAAGGAGGCAACAACCAACAAGACAGCAAAUCUGAUCUUGAGAACCUCUCCUCAAACCCAAAGGGUCCUCUCGAGGAUCACGCGAAGGAGACUCGCUCGAAGACUGAGAACUAACGACGAUCGGAUAUGAGGGUGUUUGGGAUAAUGAAUGGAAAUAUGUAUAUUAGUCGCACUUUCAAAGGAGGUGCACGCAUCGAUAAGAUGUGAGAUGAGAUGAUACCGUCAUGAAAUGUGAGGAGUUAAUGAGACAAUGAAAUAAACUCAUUAUGAAGUAACUGUGGUGUGAUGUUGUCUCACUUCUACUUUGAAAAUGUGCGAUGCGUAUCAAUAAUUGCAAUUGUAAUGUAGACUCUAUGGAGAAGUCAAUCUUCAUCCA